AUGUCUCAAUCCGGUCCCUCUUCUCGCCCCUUUGAGGAGUCCUCGAGGGCUCCGGCCACCUCGCCUCCGUCAAGGCGGAAGACUAGCAAGAAUCGAAAGGCCACCCAAGAACGCCUUUCCACAGCACAAUCCCCUCCUGCGCGUAGACAGAAGAAGCGAGCCGUGAAGACUGCUGAUCGAGACUUGGCGAUGAAGGAAGCGGAAGAGGACUUUGGGGAGCCAGAUCAUAGUGAAGAGCGGCAUUCCUCGCCACCAAGCGAGAGCAACGAUGGCACAAAUCAUUCUGCACUGGACGAAGAUGACGGUGACCCAUUCCAGAACAGCUUAUUUGGGUCACGAAGCCCGCUGGGACUUCAGAGCACUCUCCGUGCACUCAGUGGCAUGAUGUCCGGAAUGUCUUCACGGCUCCGAGACAUUCUCAAUCACUUGAGAAUGAGAGACGAUCCGUCCAUCCAACUGAUAGCACUGCAGGAGCUGUCAGAUCUCCUGCUGGUAUCGAACGAGGACAAUUUGUCCGGCCAGUUCUCGCCUGACCCAUACGUGAAGGAGCUGGUUGCUUUGAUGCAACCGGAUGACAUAGGCGAAGAGAAUCCCGAAAUCAUGCUUCUUGCCUGUCGCUGUUUGGCAAAUUUAAUGGAGGCCUUGCGUGGCUCGGUAGCCAAUGUCGUCUACGGAGGCGCUGUGCCUAUACUGUGCCAAAAGCUCCUCGAUAUUCAGUUUAUUGAUUUGGCAGAACAAGCACUGAGUACGCUUGCGAAGAUUUCGGUGGAUUUCCCAGCGUCCAUUGUCCGAGAGGGCGGCCUGACGGCUUGCUUAACGUAUCUUGACUUUUUCCCGACCAGUACGCAGCGGACUGCGGUUACUACCGCCGCUAAUUGCUGUCGCAAUCUCCCUCAUGACUCUUUUCCGGUCGUUCGUGAUGUAAUGCCGAUCCUUCUUAAUGUUCUUUCCGGCAGUGACCCGAAAGUCGUUGAACAGGGCUGUUUGUGCGUUUCCAGGAUAGUUGAGAGUUUCAAACAUCGGCCAGAGAAGCUUGAAGAGCUCAUUGAACCGGCAAUGCUGAAGGCAAUUCUCCGUUUACUGUCACCGGGCACUACGAAUCUCAUUGGUCCGCAUAUCCACACCCAGUUCCUUCGCGUCCUCACUAUCGUAUCUAGAGCGAGCCCCCGUUUAUCAGUUGAACUGCUCAAAAUGGAUGUAGUUGAUACUCUCUAUCAAAUCUUGACCGGAGUUUCUCCUCCAGAGGACCUGGAACACACGACCGUUAAGAUGGACAGUGUCCUGGUGAUGCAAGCAUUAAUCCAUCGCCCCAAGGAACAGGUUUUCGAAACGCUGAAUGUGAUCUGUGAGCUCCUGCCGGGUGUCCCAGGCCGAGAGGAUUCCGAGACCAAUGGGCUAUGUGCUUAUCUCGACAGUGGCUUGGCCUUUGGCGCGAAGUCUAGCAAGGCGAGAGAGCUGGUUGAGAACAGGCGCGCUCUAUUGAUGGGUUGCAAGACCGAGCUCAAGCGUUUCGCCAUGAUUUUAUUGCCUACUCUCACCGACGCUUAUUCUAGUACCGUCAAUUUAAACGUCCGACAGAGAGUUCUCAUUGCGCAGUUGAAGAUGCUACACAAUGUCGAACCGGCUGUGAUAGAGGAUGCCCUCCGUGCUGUCCCAUAUGCGUCUUUUCUCGCGGCGAUUCUCUCUCAGAAAGACCAUCCUUCGUUGGUGUCUUUGGCCCUACGGUGCGCAGAGCUGCUGUUUCAACGACUUGAGAAUGUCUAUCAAUAUCAAUUCCAUCGAGAGGGGGUGAUUUCCGAGAUUAUGAAAUUGGCAGAAGAACCCCUGUCGAACGAACCAUCCAUCGAUUCCAUGGACACUUCGAGUGACGCAGUCCGUGGCCCUAAGUCCACCCACUCCGGCUUUCACAAUAGGAGUAGCGACUCUCCAGAAGCCGAGGAUGACGCCGAUGACUUCGAUGGGGUGGAUGAAGCGGACGGCCAAGACGACGAAACCGACGAGAAUGAUGAUAUGUCGGAAUCGGAAAGUUCAUCGUCUUUCUCUGAUCAACGUGCUGUGACCAAUAUAAACGAUGCUAUCAAUGAUCUGGCUAUUCGUGAUGCUCGUGCUUUCCUCAAAGUUUAUGAAACGAGUGAUGGCAAGAACAUGCGAAGCAAGGCUCUGGGGAUUCUUACGAAACUACAGACCCUCGCUGCGGAUAUUGAUGCGUGUUACUUGGCUGAUGGGGGCGGUGAUGGCCUCGCACUCGUCAAAGAAUUGGCUUCAUACUUCGAUGGAGAUGCUUUGGAAAGUAUUACCAGCUCCGAGCUACUAAACUCAGGUGUCGUUCGGGUGCUUUUGGAGGUGUUCGGCGACUUCAAGGCCCCAUCCAUGCGGGACGCUCGCACCGCAUUCUUGCAGGCAUUCAUGGGAUCCGGCAUAUCGGAGAAAGCUCAGCGGCAGAGUACCGCAACCACCCCCUUCAGUGUCCUAAUCCAAAAACUGCAGGACUUGCUCAGCCGGACUGAACACUUCGAAGUGCUAACCGUCAGCCACAACUCGCUGGAGAAUACACGCAGCAACGCCGCGCACAUGCUUGGAAAGCAACUCAGACUCAAACUUUUAGCGGAUGACGAUUCUGAUAUCCCUCGUCCCUAUAGAAAUAUCAUAGUUUCUAUUCAUGCCAUCGCCACUUUCAAGUCUCUCGAUGACUUCCUUCACCCGAGGAUCAGCUUGUCGGACCGUCCGAGAGUCCCUCGCAAUCGGGACUCGCUACUUUCUCAGAUCGCAAACGCCGCACGCCUCCGGGAUUACUCGGCUGCUGGAAAUGACUUGUUCAGCAGCGAUACGCCAAACCAAUCACGACCACCUGCAAGCGCCAAUACGUCUACCCGUCAGGGUGACACGGGACCUAGUGGAGCUAACGACUCUCGACUCUCGCAGAAUUUGUCUCCGGCUGAAGGUCAUAACCAUCAGUCACGUCCCAGAAGAUACGUGCGACGUCACCACCGCCAAGAAGAGGAAAGUGGCAAUGAUGAUGAGCCGCUAGAAUGCGCUGACGAAAGGCAUUUAAGCGAGGAUGACAACAUGGAUGAGAACGAGGACGCUGACGACGACGAGGAACUGAAUGCUAUUGUGGACGAUUUGGAGGAUGAUCUUUCGGAUGACAAUGCCCCAGAUCCGACCGCCGUCAAUAUGGAGGUCGCUUCCACUGGCAAGGUAACGGCUCGGAAAGAAGAUGGAACUCGCGUGGCUACUCCGUCUCAGUCUACACCGGUAUCCAAGUCAUCAUCGGCCCUGAACUCAGUAUUAAAUUCGACUGGUAGUGGCUCAUUGGCGAUGGCCGGCCGCCCGUUCUCCUAUGCUGCUGCCAUGGCGUCACCUUCGCAAGAUUGGCACAUCGAGUUCAGCAUUGAUGGCAAGCCAAUUUCUAACGAAACGACUGUCUACCGUGCUGUAUAUCAUAAUCGUGAACAUGUGGACAAGGACGUAUGGUCAUCUGUACACACUGUGAAGUUCAGACGUGUCCCCGGGCCACCGCCUCCGGAAUCGUCAAUAUCUGCCUCGGGUUCUCCAAACUCCUGUGAAGGUGACAGUGGGGACAUGCCAUUGUCGUUAAGCAAGGAGUCUGCAACGGCUACAAUCCUCCGGCUGCUUAAAGUCCUGCACGUAAUGAACGCGACAAUUGACGAUAUUUUGGCGGAGAAUAAGGAGUUGUCCGGGAUUACUCCAGAACCGCUGUCCCAAUUCAUCAAUACGAAACUGACGGCCAAACUCAACCGUCAGCUGGAGGAGCCACUGAUUGUUGCUAGUAAUUGCCUUCCUAGCUGGAGUGAGGAUCUUGCCCGACUGUUCCCCUUCUUGUUCCCAUUUGAAACACGGCAUUUGUUCCUACGCUCGACUGCUUUCGGUUAUUCACGUGCAAUGAUGAGGUGGCAGAGCUCUCAAAAUGGGGACGAUCGUCGCGAUCUACGCCGUGAUGAUCGUCCAUUCCUGGGUCGUCUCCAGAGGCAGAAGGUGCGCAUCUCCAGAACACGCAUCUUGGAGUCUGCUAUGAAGGUUAUGGAAUUGUACGGUUCCUCACCUAGUAUCCUUGAAGUCGAGUAUUUUGAAGAAGUUGGCACGGGUCUGGGACCUACACUUGAGUUUUAUUCCACGGUCUCCAAAGAGUUCUCAAAGAAGAAGCUCAAGAUUUGGCGGGAAAGCAAUGAAGACGCUGGCAAUGAGUUUGCCUUCGGCAAGCGUGGCUUGUUCCCCGCUCCUAUGAGCGAUGCACAAGCAGCUCAGGAAUCUGGGAAAAAACAGCUACAACUGUUCAAGGUCCUAGGCAAAUUUGUAGCACGGUCGAUGCUGGAUUCCCGAAUCAUUGAUAUCUCCUUCAAUCCAACCUUUUUCCGCAUCGCAGAUAGCUCAUCUUCCGUGACUCCAUCACUCGGUACAGUCAAGUCAGUGGAUGAAGGUCUCGCAAACUCCCUCCUGUUCUUGCAGCGCUUUGCAAAUGCCAAGAAGGCCGCUGAUGGCAAGAAGACGCUUUCGCCUGCUCAGAAAUGGCAAGCGCUUCGUGAUAUUGAAGUGGGUGGUGUUAGGGUAGAGGAUUUGAGUCUGGACUUUACUUUACCCGGCUACCCUGCCAUCGAACUGACAGAAAAUGGCUCGAACGUGCCCGUGACGAUUGAGAAUGUGGAUCUGUAUAUCGACCGCGUCGUUGAUCUGACUCUGGGUAGCGGCGUUCGACGCCAAGUCGAAGCCUUCCGACAGGGAUUCUCGCAAGUGUUUUCCUACUCAGCUCUUCGGGCUUUCACGCCCAACGAACUGGUUAUGCUAUUUGGGCGUGCUGAGGAGGACUGGUCUAUUGAGACUCUGAUGGACUCAAUCAAGGCCGAUCACGGUUUCAAUAUGGAUAGUCGGAGCGUACGGAACCUACUCCAAACGAUGAGCGAGUUGAACGUGCAACAACGUCGGGAUUUCCUUCAGUUUGUUACUGGAAGUCCGAAACUCCCAAUUGGAGGGUUCAAGAGCCUGAUGCCCAUAUUUACGGUUGUGUGCCGUCCAAGCGAGCCGCCAUAUACACCAGAUGAUUAUCUUCCUAGUGUUAUGACCUGCGUGAAUUACCUCAAACUGCCAGACUACAGCAGCCUCGAUGUCCUCCGCGAGCGGUUAGCCGUAGCGAUCAAAGAGGGUCAGGGCGCAUUCCAUUUGUCCUGA